ACAGAAACCAUGGUUCGACUGACUCUGGAUUUAAUUGCCAAAAGCAGCAAUCUUAAACCCCGAAAAGAAGAAACCAUCACACAAUGCCUGAAGAAAAUAACGCACAUAAAUUUUUCAGACAGAAAUAUAGAUUCGAUUGACGACCUCUCUCUCUGCAAAAACCUGAGCGUUUUAUAUUUAUAUGAUAACCGCAUUAGUGCCAUCACCAACCUGAACUAUUCCACGAAUCUGACCCACUUGUACCUGCAGAACAAUUGCAUUUCCUGCAUCGAGAACCUCAGGUCCCUGAAGAGACUGGAGAAACUGUACCUGGGAGGCAAUUACAUUGCAGUCAUAGAAGGUUUAGAAGGACUGGAAGAACUGAGAGAGCUGCAUGUUGAAAGCCAGAGGCUUCCCCUGGGAGAAAAGCUUCUGUUUGACCCCAGGACUCUCCGUUCUCUGGCAAAAUCCCUCUCUAUUUUGAAUAUCAGCAACAAUAAUAUCGAUGACAUAAAAGACUUAGAGAUGCUGGAGAAUCUGAACCACCUGAUCGCCGUUGACAACCAGCUGGUGCAUGUGAAGGAUUUGGAGCUUUUACUGAAAAAACUGAUGAAGCUGUGGAAAAUGGAUCUAAAUGGAAAUCCUGUUUGUCUUAAACCAAAAUACAGGGACAAACUGAUACUGAUGUCCAAGUCCCUGGAAUUUCUUGAUGGAAAAGAAAUAAAAAAUCUGGAAAGACAAUUCCUAAUGAAUUGGAAAGCAUCCAAAGAUGCCAAGAAAGUCAGCAAGAAAAGGAGCAGUAAGAAUGAGGAUCGGAGCGACUCCUACAUAAGUGGGUAAGCCAAAGGUAGUCUUUUUCUCUGACG